ACUUGGCUCCAACCUCCAGCACAGGUGAGCAGCGCUGACUCUCCGACAGUCAGAUUGUGACUGAGCAGGGCAACAAACUCUCUCCGGAGCAAGUUCAGCCCAACAAGCAAGGGUAUCCUCAGAUGAUCUCAAAAAGGGGGCAAAGUUGGCUAUGAUGGCUCACCAGUGCUCUUCUUGGAUCUUCAUUAAUGAGAGGACAUUCAUUACCAGGGAACAACUUAAUUCUUUAUUGAAGACCUAUAACAUUUUUUAUGGGAAUCAGAAAAAUCUGCAUAUUUUAUAUGGACAGACUGAAGAUGGUAAACUAAUUGUUGAAGGAAUGUUGGACAUUUUCUGGGGAGUGAAACGGCCUAUACAGCUGAAAAUACAAGAUGAGAAGCACAUCCCUUCUUUUACUGCGUCGAAGUCACCAGAUGUCUUUUCCAAAAGGGGAAUGACACGCUGGGGGGAAUUUGAUGAUCUUUAUCGUAUUAGUGAGCUGGACAGGAGCCAGAUUCCAAUGUCUAAAGCAAUGAAUUCCCAGGAAGAUGAUUUGUCUUAUCACAGCAGCACUCUGAAGCCUCAUGCAGAUAAAGAGGCAGAAUCCCCCUUGCUCUAUAGAACCAUGAGUGAAGCAACCCUGGUGAGAAAAAGGAUGAAGCCUCCAAUGAUGGACAGAAAAGAUGGACAGAACCAUAGGGCCUCUAUUAACGGGCACUUUUAUAACCAUGAAACAUCAAUUUUCACUCCAGCCUUUGGAUCAGAAACUAAAGUCAGAAUAAACAGUAACAUGAGAACUGAAGAAGUAAUAAAACAGCUUCUCCAAAAAUUUAAGAUUGAAAAUAGUGCCCAGGAUUUUGCACUUUACAUUAUCUUUGCGACAGGAGAGCGGAGACGGCUCAAGAAGACAGACAUUCCGCUACUGCAAAGGCUCCUACAGGGACCUUCCACAAAGAACGCUCGCAUUUUCCUCAUGGAUAAAGAAGCAGAAGAAAUUAGCAGUGAUGUAGCUCAAUACAUUAACUUCCAUUUUUCUCUCCUGGAAUCCAUCCUUCAAAGAUUAAAUGAGGAAGAGAAAAGAGAGAUUCAGAGAACAAUAACAAAAUUCAGUACAGAAAAGGCUAUUAUACUGAAAUGUCUUCAAAGUAAACGGGUAGUAAAAACAGAGACGACAGUUUAGCAGUAUAGGCCACUAUUGCUAAAACACUUUAACAAAAUUAGAGAGAUGUUACUAUUUGAUGAGAGCAUAAAAUCUAUACUUGCACUCAUACAAAGACAUAUGAACUUGAAUCUGUAGAAACUGUCAGAAAAGCUUGUCUCUCUUUGAAGUGAUGAGGUUAACUAGGAUUCACAGUUGGACUGAAAUGAGCUUGAAUUUAUUUCAAUAACUGAAAUAAGCAUGGAUACUACGUAUUCCAAAUAGUUUUAUAUAGUAAAAUUUAAUGAACCUGAAUUUAAAUGGCAUCUUCAGAUAUCACGCAGUUUAAACUUCUCGUAGCUUGAACUCUCAAGAGAAUUGAAAUAUCAUCAACUGGCUUCCAGAAA